AUGAGCAGCUAUAGGGUAGAUAUCACCAACCCAAAAAUUCAAAAUGCCCUCAAAGAGCUCGGAAUUACCCCUGAAGAACUAAUCGUCAAAGACAUUAACGAAUUUUUCGAGCCUGGGAUUAGUAAAAAAAUCCAAGAACUCCGUUAUGAGCAUCACAAGCAAAAACUGAACUCGCUCUCUUCUAGCAUCCAAUCUUAUAUUAAAGAAAAUCACAAAGAGCGAUCUCGGGCUUCCUCUCAAACCCGCUCAACAAUUUCUCAAUAUCCCAACGACGUUUCCACAGAAAGAAUUUCUAAGCAGCAUAAGUCAAGCUUGGCACAAAAAAUAGAAGAAGAAAGCAAAAGAAGGAAACUCUUAGAAAUUGUUAAUAAAAAACAAAAUAGGAGGUCUCUAAUUGAAAAACAGCUGAAAAAAGAGAUUGAAGAAAGGAAAAAUAAAGAUGAGGAAAAAAGAAAAGCACAUAAAGAAAGACUGAAAAUGAUUAAUGCUAAUGAGAUUACUCUGCUUCAAGUCUAGAUUCUUGCGGUCUUAGCUUGGAUUGACAACUCUGAAUACGGUAAGUUAGACCUGUCUAAACGUCAGAUUGUCCAUGUCCUCAAAUCCCCUAGGACCUCUCUGUCUACAUCAAACUCAGUGCAGAUCACUUCUCUUCGCGCCAGAAGCCCUCAAGGAGGUAUAAACUUCUCUAUCUGUUUGGCUACAGGACCAGAGCCCUGCAUUUUAAAUUGUGGAAAAUGAUUAUUUUGGAACAGAUUAAGAAGAGAAAAAAUAUAAGCGAGAAAGUGACUAGAAAUUAUAGCAAAACUCCAGAAAUUAGUAUAGAAGAGAAUAAGAGUAGAAUGCCAAGCAAGAUAGGCUCAAUUCUUGAGCAGAAAAAAGAGAGGGAGCUUGAAGAAGAGUAUCAGCUGCUAGAAAGACUGGAAUUCUUGAAUGAAAAAGUAGAAAAGUCUGCAGAAUUGCAUGAGCAAAUGCUUAAAACAAAGUCAGAAAGGAUGAGCUACCACACACAAAAAAUUGAAAAUAAAUUGCACAGCAUCAGCUCCACAAAAGAAGAAAUGGAGCUGAAUAAAGCUAAAAGUAUUGUAAACAAUAUAAUCCAAAAGUCAUUGAGAAGAGGCAAAACCAUUGAUGAUACAAAUUACCGGAUAAAAUCCACACAAGACAAACUUAGAGAAAAACAGCUGAAAAUCCGCCACAAUUUAAAAGAAGUUACACAACAAGAAAAAGAACGCAUAAAAAAUAUAGAAAACAAGCUGAAUAUUAGCUAUGAAUCUGUAAGGCAAAAGCAAGCAAGCUGGCUGAAAGAUUUAGAAAUAAAAAAUGAGCUACAAAAAAUGAAAGAAGAGGACGUGUUCGAAAGCAUAAACAGAAAGAAAAGAAUUGAAGAAGUGAAAAGAAGCAGAAUCCUUGAAAAACACAGCUUAAUUCGCCAAAAGCUUGAAGCUCUAAAAGAAGAAAAAGAGCGAUACAAUGAAAUGAAAAGGCACAAAGCACUAUCAGAAGCAAUAGAAAAAGACCAUGUUAGGAACCUUAAAAGCAGAAUAGAAAAAACCAAAAAUUUGGCUGAUGCCAGUCUUCUUUCAUCAAUUAACUGUAACUAA